GAGCGGGGCGGCGGCGCCAUGGCGGGAGCGGAGCGGGGACCGCGGGGACAGCGGGGACAGCCCCGGGGACAGCCCCGGGGACAGCGGGGACAGCCCCGGGGACAGCGGGGACCGCCCGGGGCGGGGCUGCGGCUGCUGCUGCUGCUGGGGGGGCUCGCCGCGCUGGCCGCAGCCCAGGUGACCUCGGAGGACCAGGAAGUGCCGGAGCACAAACCCGUGGAGCUGCGCUGCGCCGCGUUCCGCUCCAGCUCCGGCAGCGCCCGCAUCGAGUGGAAAUUCCAGAGGGGCUCAUCCCUGGCACUGAUCUACUACGAGGGGGAGCUGACAGAGCCGUACCGGGACCGUGUCCAGUUCUCGCCCACGUCCAUCCGGUUCCAGUCGGUGACGCGGGAGGACAGCGGGAAGUACAUCUGCGAGGUGGUGGGGGAUGGCAGCCAGAUCGCCAAGUCCGAGGUCAACCUCAUCGUCCAGGUGCCCCCGGGGAAGCCGCUGGCACACGUGCCCAGCUCAGCCACGGUGGGUGCCCGGGCUGUGCUGCGCUGCUCCGAGGCCCAGGGCUCGCCCCCUCCCACCUUCCGCUGGUACAAGGACGGCACCGAGCUGCCCCAGGACCCCAAAUCCAGCCCGGCCUUCCGCAACUCCUCCUACAGCCUGGACCCGCGCACGGGGGAGCUGGUCUUUGAGCCCGUGGGGGGCUGGGACACGGGCGAUUAUCACUGCGAGGCCUCCAACAACGUGGGCAGCCCCCAGAAAUCCGACGUCUUCCGCAUGGAAGCCAGCGAGGUGAACGUGGGCGGCAUCGUGGCCGCCGUGGUGCUGCUGCUCCUGGUGCUGGCGCUCGCCGCCUUCGGCGUCUGGUUCGCCUACAGGCGCGGCUACUUCAGCAGUGACGCCGGUGGGAAGAAGGUGAUUUACAGCCAGCCCUCGCGGCGCAGCGAGGGCGAGUUCAAGCAAACCUCCUCGUUCCUGGUGUGAAGUCGUCCCCGCCGCCCCCCGGACGCUUUUUCCCAGUUCCCGGAAUUCCGCAGGAUUUGGGGAUUUCUGGGGAAUUUGGGGAAUUCCCGCAGGAUUUUGGGAGUUCCUGUGGGAUUUUCGGAAUUCUGUGGGAUUUUAGGAGAUCCACGGGAUUUUUGGAAUUCUGUGGGAUUUUAGGAGAUCCCGUGGGAUUUUUGGGAAUUCCCGCGGGAUUUUUGGGAAUUCCUGCGGGAUUUUUGGGAAUUCCGUGGGAUUUUUGGGAGUUCCUGUGGGAUUUUCGGAAUUCUGUGGGAUUUUAGGAGAUCCCGUGGGAUUUUUGGGAAUUCCGUGGGAUUUUUGGGAGUUCCCGCGCGAUUUUUGGGAGUUCCUGCAGGAUUUUUGGGAAUUCCCGUGGGACUUUUGGGAAUUCCCAUGGGAUUUUUGGGAAUUCCAUGAGAUUUUUGGGAGAUCCUGUGGGAUUUUUGGGAGUUCCUGCAGGAUUUUUGGGAAUUCCGUGGGAUUUUUGGGAGUUCCUGUGGGAUUUUCGGAAUUCUGUGGGAUUUUAGGAGAUCCCAUGGGGUUUUUGCGAGUUCCCGUGGGAUUUUUGGGAAUUCCCGUGGGAUUUUUGGGAAUUCCCGCGGGAUUUUUGGGAAUUCCCGCGGGAUUUUUGGGAAUUCCCGUGGGAUUUUUGGGAAUUCCCGCGGGAUUUUCGCCGCAGUUUUUUUAACGCCUCUCCGGUGCCUUCGCCGCCGCUGCCUCUGGAACUUGGGGGUCCCUCUGUCCCCUCUUGUCCCCCCCCAUUGUCCCCUCCCAUUGUCCCCCCCUUGUCCCCUCCCCUCGUUCCCCCUUUGUCCCCCUCGUGCCCCCCAUUGUCCCUCCCUUGUCCCCCCCCCCAUUGUCCCUCCCUGUCCCCUCUCUGUCCCCAGGGGGGCUCUGGGAGGGGGCGGGGCUGGUGCCACCACCUGGGGACAACGCCAGUGUCCCACUGGUCCCAGUGCCCCCCCUGUACUGGGAGCGUGGGGGGGGUACUGGAAAUAAACCUGUGUCCUUUA